AAUAUAUCAGAGAUAAACGCUGGUUUAAGAAUAUGCUUGUUAGUGGCAUUUGUCUGUUUUUCAAUAUUUCGAUUGGUAAUCUAAUUUGAUCGAACCGCUUCCGUCGAUGACGACCACUUGGAGUGUAUCGCGAUGCAAUGGGAACACAUUUGUGUAACGGUGUAAUCUUUUUAUUUGUAAGCGAUAGAAUGGCCACGGAACUGGCAAACAAGAAGGCCGAGCGCGAAGCUCUGCGUGGUGUUAUUCAGCAAUGGAAUGCCAACAGGUUGGAUCUGUUUGAGCUUUCAGAACCGAACGAGGAUUUAGAAUUCCAUGGAGUAAUGAGAUUUUAUUUCCAAGAUAGCGGUCAAAAGGUCGCAACAAAAUGUAUUAGAGUAGCGUCGGAUGCGACGAGUCAAGCGGUCAUCGAAACGCUUAUUGAAAAAUUCCGUCCAGAUAUGCGAAUGCUUUCGGUUCCUGAAUACGCACUUUACGAAAUUCACGAAAAUGGUGAAGAACGUAAGCUUGGGCUUGAAGAAAAGCCAUUGUUAGUGCAAUUAAAUUGGCACAUCGAUGACCGUGAGGGACGCUUUUUGUUAAGAAGAAUCGAUGACAAAACCAACGCUCAAGGUGUUGGUUUCUCUUCUUCGGAUGGGUCUAGUUUUCGCAGAAAGUUGAGUAAACGCGAGAAGAAACAGAUGAAGAAACAGGAAAAGCUGAGUCGUUUAAAGAGUUUAGAACAAGAUGAAAAUACUAUACCCGUCGAUCAAAAUGGAGUAGCUGAAAAACUUUACACGGAGUUACCUGAAACAAGCUUUACCAGAAGUAUUUCAAACCCGGAAGCUGUGAUGAGAAGACGACGUCAACAAAAAUUGGAGAGAAAAUUGCAACAAUUUCGUAGUAAAGAUGGCGGUCCCGAUACUGGCGGAACGCUGAAAAUUUACGGCGAGGCGCUAUGCAAAGACGUUCCAUAUAAAACAUUGCUUUUAAGCGUCCGAGAUUCAGCAGUUCAAGUCGUACGAGAAAUGCUUUCUAAAUAUGGUUUAGAGAAGGUGGAUCCACAGCAGUAUUGUCUCGUACAGGUAAAUAGUGAAAAUAAUAUUAAUGGAGGAACACAGCAGGAGUAUAUACUAGACGAUGACGAAUGCCCUCUAGCCAUUCUUAUGAAUCAUCCUUCUACACGUGGUUCAAUUAUGUUUCAUGUGCGAAGAAGACCUUCAGAUUAUGUGCCUCGGAAACGGAAGAAAAAACCUAGUGGCAAAUGGAACGAAUUAGAUUACAGAUACGAAGACGAAAGAUUGCCCUUUUCGCUAGAAUUGAAUCCUGACGGUAGCGAAAUUCCAAACGGAGCUGGUGUGCGGCAUCGGUUGCAGCCAAAUGUAACGGAGGUGGGCUCGGAAAGGCCGAUACCUAUCCAUCCAUCUAGUCCGAGCAAGUCUACAUCUGUCCCUGCUGCUGCUGUUGCUACUGUUUGCCAUACUCGAAGCCCGACACAUGCACCGGAAUCAACGCACAAUUAUGAAACAACCUUUGAUCUCGAUGGAAAUGUAGAAACUGCCAGUCUUACCAGUAGCAGGGAUGGUAACAGAACGUUGCAGAAUGAUCGACAGCCACGUGGGACGGAUCCGAUUUUACCAGCUGUAUUAGAAUUUCUCGAGGAAACGGAAGAAACAUUUUUUCAUGCGGUAAUCACAGACGUUGAACCAUCGGCGCCGCAGUUCAAAUUGGCUCCAACGUAUACGCUUUACUUGGCAGCAAGAUAUCGUGCAAGCACACAUUAUAGACCAGAAUUGCAACCAACGGAGAGAGCUCAUAGAUUGACCGUGAUGUUAGCAAAUGUCGCUAGCAUGAUUCAACGAGUAAUACAGGAACGGUAUAUGGAUGCGUCCUCGUUGGCACUGUGGUUAGCAAACGGUUCAGAACUACUACAUAUGUUGAAAAACGAUCGGCACGUAGGUGCGUUUUCAACCAGGGCACAAGAUAUUUUGACGGAAGCAGUUCAUACAGCAUUCGCGUCAUUGGUUAGGUGCAUUUCCUUGGAACUAGCACCGGCAAUGUCACAGUUCAUGGCAGAUGCAGACGAACCUGCCAAAGAAGCCGGCGUUCUUCAAAUAUUUUCGAGCACGAUGGCUUUACUUAGGCGAUGCAGAGUAAACGCUGCACUUACCAUUCAACUAUUUAGUCACCUGUUUCACACAAUAAACGCGACCGCGUUUAACGCUUUAGUUUCAAAUGCCAACUUGUGCGUUAGAUGGUUCGGUCGUAGAUUAAAGGCAAGACUAAACGCUCUGGAAACUUGGGCUGAAAGGCAAGGCUUGGAACUCGCGAGUCAAUGUCAUUUGGCAACCAUCAUGCAAGCGACUCAUCUUCUACAAGCUCCAAAAUACAAUGCGGAGGAACUUGCUACCUUGAGCUCUACGUGCUUCAAGUUGAAUUCUCUUCAGGUCAGAGCAUUGUUGCAAAAAUAUCAACCAGCUGCGGAUGAACCAAGACUUCCUGCGGAAUUGAUCGAAAACGUAGUCAGAGUAGCCGAAAGCGUGGCUGAUACGCUCGCACGUGCUGAUGGCAGAGAGAUUCGACUCGAAGAAGAGCCUACGCUCGCUUUGGCGCUUCUACUUCCGGAGGAUGGAUACAGUUGCGAAGUUAUUCGUGGUGUACCUCCAGGAUUAGCUGAAUUUUUAGCGCCAUUGCAACGAGAUGGUCUAUGCCGUAUGGCACCACAACCCACCAGUAGUGGAUAUUGGACUAUAUACAUGAUAGAUCACCACAAUAAUUUUCGCAGUCCAAGCGCAAUGAGCAAUAGAUCUGGAGGUUAUUCCUGUCAUACAGGGCCGAGUGGUGCUCAGCCUGAGAUACAUGUAAUAAAAUUACACAAGUCUACCAAUGGAAUGGGUUUGAGCAUUGUCGCAGCAAAGGGCGCCGGUCAGGAUAGGCUCGGGAUAUAUAUAAAGAGCGUGGUUGCUGGUGGUGCUGCUGAUGCUGACGGCAGAUUGACAGCUGGAGACCAAUUGCUAAAAGUGGACGGACAAAGUUUAGUAGGAAUUACUCAGGAAAAAGCUGCUGAAUAUUUAGUACGUACCGGACCAGUAGUAACAUUGGAAGUUGCUAAACAAGGUGCCAUAUAUCAUGGUUUGGCCACUUUAUUAUCACAACCAUCACCAGUAAUGACCAGAGUGCACAAGAUUCGCCCCAAGUCCGAAAACUUGGAAGCUUCAUCGGUGCAGGAAACGAACGAGCAGCCAUCUACGUCACAUUCAAUGGGUAAUUUGUUGAGCGUUCCAAGGCACGCGAUCGGUUCGGAACGUUCGAUCGAUUCAGUACCAGGUGCGAUUCUUUCUUCGAUUUGUUCAAAGGACUUGGAAUAUAAAUAUUAUCAUGAUUCCGAUUUAUUAAAUUCUUCUCGCCUCGUCUCAGACGGUUCAAAUCGGUACUGCAAACCAUUAUGGAGUAUUUCACAAUCGAAAGACCUGCGACAAACGUGUUUGCGGGAUCGUACACCGUCGUCAUUGUUAACACACACGCGGACUUACGCGGAACAUGCCGAUAACGAGUCGGUAAAACAACAGUCUCAGCGGGGAAAGCGAGAAAAUGUAGAAACAGUAGGUGGUGGUGGUAACAGUAGUGGUGAUGGUGAUAAUGACCACGGUACAGAUUUGCGUUCGAAUUUGGAGCAUGGUGAUAGAUAUUUGCAAACACGCGAUGGUACUAUUUCGACGAAUAAUACACGCGCUUCAACCGAUCAAAGAAACCACAGAUCUGAAACGAAAAGCUUGUCGUUUGUUUCGAAAGUUGAGCAAACUGUUCCAUUUACCCAGCCAAUGAAUAUGAACGCUGUUCAAACACCGUCAAUUAUUUUAAAUUCGACAAAUUCGGUUUCCACAACAACGGCGCUAGGUAUCAAAUGUGAUAAUUUUUCUCUCGAUUCGAUACCUUAUAUCGAUCAAACGGAUGACACCCCGAUGUCAUGUUAUCCGUUAAACGAAUUCAACGAGUAUCAAUCGGAGAAUAAUAACAUAUCUAAUAAUCGUGUAAUUGAUGUAACCAGUAUUUCACGAGAUGAUUUCACUGCAUCAAAUUUACCACGAUGUAAAAACGACGUUAUGGGCAAAUAUUCCAGAUGUUCGCAACGAUCAGUGAUUGAAAAAAGAUCACAGAUCAUAAAUGAGAAUGGACAAGAAGAAUCGAAUAGGCAACAGGAAUACGCAGAAGCUAAUAAAACGACAAUUAUUGGAUUUCAAGCGUUGGAACAACGAGACAAAAAUUACGAGAUAAGAGAAAAAAAGGUGGAGAAAGACGUAUCAAAUAAGGAGAACGGUGAUUCCAAAAUUUGCAUGAUUUCGAAAACAACGCCGACUGUUAAUAACGCUGUAAUUCCAGUAUUAAAUCUUGACUUGUCUGGUCUAGAUAGCGAUACGUCAAGUGAUAUAUCGACUUUCAACAAAUGUUGGAAAUCACCGGAAGAGGUGCGCCUCGGUUGUGGUGGUCGCGUAGCCGCGUUGGCAAAACAUUUUUCAAAACUCGGCGAUGUUGAACCGAUUCAUCAUCGACCUAAUGCGAUUAAAUUAUUAGAGAGCUCAAAAAAAUUUGCUUCAGAACCUAAUGUUGCUUCAAUUCAAAUUUAUCAAAAGCGAUCGGACUAUCGUUUUCCCGCCAUCGACGAUGUCAAUGAAUGUCAAUCCGAACUAGAUUUGAGAAAUAGCGAAAUUAAACGGCGAUAUCUUGCGCCAAUUGGAUUGGACCAAAUGUUCGAAAAAUCGACCAUAGAUCUGUUAAAUGAAAAUGGUGAUGUUAACUAUUAUUGCUAUCACAAUAAUUCAGCCGAUGUGCGGAAAGGUCAAUCAACAGAUGGUAAACGGAAGUUGUCAUUGUCAGAACAAAAACAGGUGAUAGAACAACUGAGGGAAGUAUCCGAUCUCGAUGGUGCGAGAGCAUCGCUUCUUCCUUUUCGUUCUCCUUCUCUACCUUCUUUUCACGUAUUGAAUAAAGAAACAGACAUGGAAGUUUCAAACAGCAUUUUCGUCGAUACAGAGUCAGGUACAGCGUCAUCGUUGUCUUUGCGUGAAAUACAGGCGAAUAUUCAGAGAUUCGUGUCAUCAUGGCCGACGGAUAUUGGAGAGAACAGUGUGCAAAGUGCGAACGCAAGCAAACCACUCUUAUUCGAUGGUAAAUUGAUCAAACGGUUGGCGAAUUCCUAUCCAAAUAUUGAAAAGGCAAAAGAAUUAUCACGUAAUGAAGACAGCGAGCAGCGAAAACAGAGGUGGUGUAAACGAAAAAAAUACCGUUCCACCAAUGAAUUGAAACGAACUACUGAUCAACAGGGCGAUAUUGAUGAAGCAUCAUCGUUUCUCACUAACGAUCAGCAGUAUUUCCGAUCUCGGAACGAGGAUUCCUCGCAAGAUAACGAUAACGAUAACAAAACAAUAUACGGACUAAAAACUUGCAAACAAAAUUUCAUCGUGAAAGACAAAUUCCAACAGAAUCCGAUGUCACGUGUCGCAGAAAAAAACCAUUUCGAUCUUUUACCGAUUAAAAGCGAUCAACAUGCGUCAGUGGAGAUUGAAAAAGAAACUUCGAUAAUUGAUAAAGACGUAGAGAUCGAUGUAAAGCUCGACCAACAUUGGACAAAAUCAGAUUUAUCCAAGAUUUAUCCAAGAUCGAGUCAAACUCAUCUAGAUAUUGGUUUCUUUUUACGACCUCGUCGCAUGAGUGAACGAGACUUACCAUCUCGGCUUGGACGCGAUGCUACUGCACCGCAACAACAAAUACAUACCAGCAAGUCCGUGCCAGCAUUGCACAAUGUAGGAACGGAUGGAAAACAACAGCACGAGGUGUUCAAUCCUGGUUAUAGCAGGGCAUCGUCGAGUAACAGCGUUACACCGCCUGUUACGCAGCCACCUCCACCGAUGACCACAAUCAACGGUUCGACAUCGCUACGUUCUCGCUCGAGUCAUAAUUUACAUGAUCCAACAAAAAUGGGAACAUUACCACCGAGUGGGCUUGUGAGUAGACAACAAUCGUCACCGAAUUUGAACCCUGGUCAAACAACGAGUAACAAUAGUUCAAGUGCUAAUGUUGGGCCAAGUUCGAAUAUUCUUCAAAGUAACGAAGCCGAAAGAUUUUAUCAAAACUUGAGCAUCUAUCGGAAUCAAGACACGACGGCGACGACAACGACCGCGACCACGACCACCACCACGACCAAGCAACGACAUAGUCCGUCUCAACAUUCGGAUGACAGGAAUCCUCUGCAGCUGCAAAAGAACUCGAGAGGUUCACAAAAUUCUUUGAAUCGUCCGGGAACAUUCGAAAUGAAUCAGGCCAGAGACCGUCCAAUAUCUGCAUAUGUACCUCAACCUCAACAACAAUCUUACCUUGUUGGUGGUCUUUCGCAACAACAAGGCUGUGCAGCGCCUCCAAGAUCUCAGUCAUCUCGGGAUAUAAUACGACAAGAAGCAAAGCUUCAAGAAAUGCAAGAGGAAGUCAGAAGACGCGAAUUACGAGGUGGCAUUCCAGUCCCAUUGAAUCAGUAUCGACCAGCCGCAUAUAAUUUAAAAACAAAUAUGUCCGUUCAAUCCCCGAUAAGUUCUGCCGUCCGACCAACAAAAUCUAUCGGUUCCCAACCAAAUUUGGGAUCAAGUCCACCAGUAACAGUGUCCUCCGCACCAUCAAUCUCAACAUCUGGUCAUGUAACCACGAGACAAACGGGACCUUCGAAUUAUGGUUACUUGGAUGCGCAAUAUGGCCCCUAUAUGGUCCAAUAUGGGAAAUCUCCACACGUGCAUCAACAUCAACACCAACAUCAAUCUCAACCUCAAUCGCAACAUCAGCAUCCGCAUCAACAUCAACACCAACAUCAGCUUCAGCUUCAGCAUCAACAUCAGCAUCAGCAUCAACACCAGCACCAACAUCAACAUCAAAAUAUCCAACAACAAAAUCUUGGACAUAUUCAAUAUGGACAUGCUAGUAUGACAUCUGCCAGAGGAAAAAACGAUUUAAUUCGCUUACAAUCCAACGGAAUGUUGCUCGACUAUGGAAGAGAUCAAGGUACACGAGAUAUUGGAAAAUUAUAUAUGGAUCAAAAUCAACAUGUUGCUGUUGGAUCGCAGUAUUAUUUAAAUUCGGAUGUACGAAACGAACAUUAUAAUGACGAAAGUGGAAUAAAUAGAGCGCAAACUGCACCGGAAGGAAGUACGAUGUCUAAUGAAAUUCCAAUACGGCCUACUUUACCGGAAGAAGGAUAUCCAGAAAGUCCUCCGCCGCCGCCGCCAAGCACUUCGACUCAUCCACUUUAUAGUAAACAAUCGGAUUCAAGGUACACUGCGAGUAUGCAGGAUCCUCCUCGCGGGGGGUAUUAUCCAGCAAAUACGACUGGAACUACAUUACAACCACGUCAAUAUCAAUAUAGUGCUACAAAUCCAUGGCAACGAGAAGAGAAAGAAAGAGAACAAGCACGUAGAAGAGAAGCUGCAAGACAGUGGCGAGAUCAACAAAUAGCGGAAUUAAGUGCGUUAUCUCACAGAACAUCACAACAGGAAGAACAACUGCGGGCUCUUCAGCUAGAAAGAGACUUUCAAAAAAGAGCUGAGGAAGUUGCCAAUCAACAAGACGAUGACGAAGAAAGUAAUGAUUUAGACACAGAGAACAUAAGAGUACAACAAAGCCUGCUUCGUACAACGGUGCCACAAGAUCGAAAUAAUUCAUUGGAGCAACAUCACCUCAACUUGCCUAGAACAAAUGCAACCAAUCAAUCUAUCAAAGGAAAUCAUACUGGUCAAUCUGUUGGUGGUUCCCCGAUGCAUUCUACCACCGUCGUGCCAAUACACACGGGCAAUGGCUCAUCUCAGCAAUCUUCGCAAAAUAUUGUAAAUACUUGUCUGCAACAGCAACAGCCACAUCAACAGCAACAAGAGAGUUCUGGUUCGCAUUUUUCGUCAGAUCUUCAACAUGAACACACCAAUCAAAUGCCAAAUAACAUAGGGCAAAUUCAAAUGUCAUCCUUGCUUCAUUUGACCUCUUCUCAAAAACCACUUGGUUUAUCUCAAUCUAACGAAGAAAAAGAAAUGCAUCGUAGACACGAGGAAAUUAAGCGAAAACAAGUCGAAUUCGAUGACACUCAAUCGAAAAAGAAGGAGGAAGAAAUUAACAAACAACAGCAAAUCCAACAAAUGUAUCAACAGCAACAUCAUUCGCAACAGCUGCAAUCCCAUUUGAAAACUCAACAAAUGUUACAUCCCAGUAUGUUACGAUUGGACAGCCUAAUUAUUAACGGAUCAAGCGCCUCUUCCACGCAUAAUACUAGCAACGAUGCGCCUCUGCCUCCGGAACGAGGUUCUAGUUAUGCGGUUAUGUCGCAACAAAGUACCCUGAGAUCGAAUAAUGCAAACAUAUCUAAUAUAGUAACAUUGACUCAGCCGCAGUCAACGUCUGUUAAGAGAGUCUCUUUUCAUGACUCAAAUGCAAAUGUAGAAUCAAUGCAACGAAGUGUUUCGUCUGGAAAUUCGAGCGCAAGUCAGGUUCUGGCUAUGGAUGUCAUUACAGAAGAUCCAAAUAAUUUCAUAAAUGAUGCAGAAAUUUUAUUGGCAUCUCCAAAAGCACCCGAAGGAUCCUGUGGGGCUCCAAUUACUGGUAGUACGCCUGGUGUAAUAGGUGCUCAAGAAGUGUACAAGGAUCCCAGACAAAGAAGGCUCGCUGAAAAACAAAAGCAGCAACAAAGUUCUCAAGUUGGGCAAGUACCUGAAAAGCUAAGUUUUAAAGAAAAGAUGAAAAUGUUUGCUAUGGAAACCGGUGAGGAUGGAACGCCGCGGGACAAGGUAAAAAUUUCACGUGCGCAGCGCGAAAUAGAUAAUAUUGGAAAUCCCACUAUCCCUACAUUGAAUAGCAAUAAUCACCACCACAAUCAUCACAAUAAUAAUAACAAUAAUAACAGCAGCAGUGGCAGCAACAGCAGUACUAGCAACAACCCGAAUAACAAUAACAGUAACAGCAGUAAUAUCAAUAACAACAGUAGCAACCGACAACAAUAGAAAUUAAGACUGAAAAUUGAAAAUUGAUUUAUUUUCUUUAGAAUUAUACUGUUACUAAUAUGAAUAAAUCAGAUAGAAUAGCAUGGUCAUGGUCCAAAACCAAACUGUUGUUAUAUUUAACGUAAAGUAGAGUGUAUGUGUAUUAUAUUCAUAAUGGCACUGACUAUUUUACAUGAGUAUACAUGGAUCAUUCCAGCAACUAUUUGCACAGACUUGACCAAGAGUAUGCUAUAAAAAUGGAUAUAAAUACAAGUAGUAGAACAAUUAUUAAUUAGAACUAUUAGGGUAGAAUAAAUGCAUUCACACAAUUUUAUUAUCUCUUGGCCUUCAUAUCUCUAGCAUUUAGCUACAUAGAUAAUGUUGAAUGCAUUUAAUGCCUACUCAUUCCAUUGGACCAAUUAGCGUUCUACACAAUAAAUAAGGCUUAUACCGAGGUCUAGGAUAUAACCUGGAACCUGAGAAUUAUUACAUCGAUUUUACUGAAACAACGUAUCAUAAAAUUAUACGUUAUAUCAUGAAUGUACAUAGAUAGAACUAGUUGAAUUUUUAGAAUUACUUGUUAUUUACGAUAUUGUUUCGUAUUUAUAUUUGAUGUGACGCGUAUCGAGUACUGAGUAUUUCGACUUACGCGUAUGCACCUUUUCGUUACACAGCCAAGAGGCACGAUAGCUUUAAUGCGAUCGUCAUUAAUAAAACAUACACGAAUUUAAUCAAAUGUGUGGCAGCUUUAAAAUAAGACAAUGAUUAUGCAAACAGGGAAAGGAUACAUUGGUAUCUGACCAAAAGAAAUUUCAAAUGAAAAAACAUGAUUAUUUACGCAAUUAAUCGUUGUUAUGGAGCUAAUUAGUUUUUUACAAUAACCAUAAUUAUUCCGUCUUCGGCUAUGUACGUAGAUAUAAUGGUCGGUCGAUAUCAUAAGAUUUUACUUUAUGUGUGUCCAUUGAAUGACAUACGUAUAACUCCUUGUCGAGUGAUAAAAAAGAGAACGCUAUAAUUCUUAUAUUUCUUUACAUUACAACGUCGAAUUGUUUUUUGUUUUAACAAUUGCGUAUUCACGUAAUAUGUAUUCAUAUACGUAAAAAUCUAUUGAAAAAAAAAUUUACUGAAAUGAAAUUGACAAGGGGUAGAAAAAUUAACAAAAAAGUAACGCGGUACAUAAAAAUAUAAUUUUUGUUGUGUACAGCGAAUAUAGAACAUUACAUAAUAUAGCUACACUAUAUUUUUUCUAACAUAUAUUUUGAUGUUCCGUUGAUACGAAAGUAAUUUGAUAGUGAUUUAAAACGAAUAUCCUACGACUGUAUAUCUUAUUGCGAAGUAUUGUCACAGUUUACUAUUGUAUACAUUAACGAUUAUACAUACAUUUACAGAUCA